AUUUCACCCUGUCUUCUUCUUCGUUCCCUGCCGACCUCACAAUCCAGAGACAGAGAGAGAGAGAGAGAGAGAGACAUCUUUGAUCCUUCUCUCUCGAAAGUAGAAACUACAAAAACUACAUAACUGUUUUUUGUCUUUGGUCCUGGUCUAGUCUCCAUCCAUCGCCAUAGCUUCUUCAUUCGGUUGUGACGUUUCUGCUGUCCUCCAUUAUUACCCUCCAUUGCCAAAUUCUCUACAUUUACCGCCUGUUUUAACCACUUUUCGAUUCCCCUCUCUACAUUCGCCGAUCCAUCUUCUCCAAAGGAUUCUUCCGUCUUUCUCUCCUUCUCCGGGCACUUACAUUGGGUAAUUGAUGGCGACGAAGCCCAAGGAGACCACUCCGAAGAAGGAUGGCGGCAACAAGAAGGUUAUAACAACCACAACAACCACCACCACUACCACAAAUCGGAACUUCCACCGCCAACAGAGUAGCACCGCCGCUGCGAAUCGCCACUCCCCAUCGUCCUCAUCGCCGACGGCGACGACAACAAACUCCUCCCCGCGAUCCGGCCCAAGCUACCUGAGGCCCACGGCGAGCUCCAAGCCCGACUCCCAAUCCAAAGCCACAUCCGGCGCCAAAACCAGCACAACCAAGCCAACCGACCAGAAGGCCGCCGCGGCAGCGACCCUGCGAAGGAGAUCGUUCGACAAGCCCGCUCCUUCCGCCGUCAAUUCCCGUCUGCAGAGGUCCGUCACUUCUCCCGAUCCCGCCGCCCGCUCACCCGCCCCGGUCAGGACUACCUCUUUUAGCCCCAAAACCGCCGGAGCCUCCUCCAGGGCCAAUUUCCAGAGAAGCGCCACCACUCUCCGCCCCAAUGCGAGCAAAACCAUCGCCGCCGUCGUGGCGGCGACCGCCAAGCAAAGAAGCGGCAGCCCUGCCAGGGGCAGAGCAGUACUUAAUCCCAACACCACCACCACCGCCGCCGCGACUAGUCGCGGCGGCGGCGGCGGUGUUGGCAAAAGUACCGGCGCAGGGAACCUUAGGGGUAAAAACAGAGCAACCACCGCUGGCCGCGGCGGCAAGGCGACGACGGCGGCGCGGGGGAAAUCAUCAGGCGCCGGUAAGCGGAACAAUACUAAUAAAGAGGAUGUAAAAGAGAGUUUGGGUAACGAGAUACAUCAGGCGAGCGAAGACGAGCAGGGCGUCAAUCCUGACAAUUUGGAGAUCGAGUCUCCGGCGAGCCCCCACAUUCCCAAAUCACCAUCACCACUUCCAUCGUCGCUUGAAAAAAUCAUUACCAGCGUCGAUGAUGAUCACGUUCAUGAAGUCCCCUCCAAGGAAUACGAUGUUGUCAUCGACAAUGUCAAUGGUCAGGAGGGAAAAGAUGACGGUGAGAAGGUCUUCUCUUCCGGUGAUACUCCAGCGGAUGAGAAGGUA